UCCAGCGACCUUCAACGUAUCUCCACCUACUGAAACACCAACAUCACAUCACGCAAUCACCAGGUAUUAACACUGCAACGUCGGUAUCAAAAACACCAGAGCUGCAUUACUGCUAACAUCGGAACGACUUCAACAACUACACAGGCGUAUCUUCUGUAUGUUUCGUGAAGCGCAUUUCUCUACUCAAGAACUUCUUUCCUUCGUAGUCACAAAGAAGGUGUAUUGAAAAGUUUGGUGUAUUUUCACUCUUCUGGAGAAAUACAAGCAUAUUAGUAAACAAGAUUGAACUGAGUGGAUGGUACUGUGUUUUUUGGGCAGUCUGCGUGUUUUGGUAAUUUUCGGACAAGUCAAAGUCUGAAGGUGAAACCGAUUAGAGAACAAAGGACAGACAGCAUUGGACAGUUCUGGCAUUUAUGAAAAGUCCUGAUAUCUGUACAUUCUAUUGUGGUUAAUAGAAGAAAGUACUUACAAUAGAAGACAGGAAGGAGAGCAGAGAGAAGUUGUGUCCUUAAUGAACAGUCCUGAAAAGAAGUCCUCACAUAACCACCUAAAGUGUAGGGGCGGCGCUGCACCUCAGUGAAAGAUAUUUUUCUGUUACUCUUUCACGCUUUGCCACCCUUUCUAUCUUUCUCUUCCCCGUUCCAUCUUUAUUUAUUAAAAUUCAUCUUGUCUCCUUGCUGAAUCUCCUUAUAUCACUCCCUACCUCAUCCGUUCUCUCUUUCACACAAUUUCUUUCCCUUUCUGUCUCCCUCUAAUAAUCUCAAAGCCAAGAAUGUCCCUGUUUCUUUUUACCCGUCCUGCUGCAAUGGAUGUGCUGCUGUUAGCUCUUACAACAAUCCUGGCUGUCACCUCAGGUCAGAAAUGUGAUGACGCUUACUACAAUCGUUUGGGACCUGGUUAUUCCUAUGCUUAUAUUGGGACACCUCCAACAGAACGAUUCCCCACCGUAUCAAGUCUACUGGAAUGUGCCGGCAUCGCUCUACAGAGACAAUCAGAAUUCUUCACUUACAACAACGCCAGCCGUGUUUGUAAGAAUUACUCACCGAAAGAUAUAAUGACAGUCGUCAGCACCAAUGACAACAACGAGACUUCCUUCUAUAGAUAUAGCCGAUGGAUUAAAACAUAUGCCCUAUCUAUGGGAGCUGGUUCAAAAAUCUAUGAGUCAUUGUGGGCUGUAGGAAGUCCAUCAACUUGGAAUGUAGACAAAUGCAAUGGUAUCUACUGUCCGAACUUUUCCCGACACCCCCUUCUUGAUUUCUGGGAGCAUCUUCCAAUUGAUGAGGUGAAACUGGUCAUUUAUAAAAACCAAACAGCUGUGGUGACUUUGAUUUUUGAUGGACGAAAUUCAACAAUGGAUAACUGGUUCCUUCAUAAGAACUUGAAAAGUUCUCCAUGGAAUGACCUAUCUUCAACUCCAAUUUUUUUCGGACAAGGAGUAGCAAGUAGUGCAUAUCGAUUCACUAUAUCGAAUGAUGGUAAUUGUGGAACGUCUAGUGGCUGGCUACAAAUAAUUGAAUUUGAACUAUACUGUGCAUAUGCGCAACUGGUUCGUUUUCCUGCAAUUCAAUAUUCUGAUGCAAGCUCGAGAGUCAUCUGGUACGACGGUUUUGGAAUAGCAGACUCCAUGGCCAUAUUCAUCAGCCUGAAGCCGUAGAAAUAACCCAGUACAUGAUAUCCAUUGAUACUAUUGUUGUUGUUGUUUUUGUUCACAUUCACCCAAUAUAGCUGACCACCACUAGUGAUGCACACACGCCAUGUAUUAUCACUUUGAAGUUGGGAUUCUCUUUGUCUCUUUCCAGCCGUUGUUGUUGUUCACGUUCACCCAAUCUAGCUGACCACCACUAGUGAUGCACACACGUCAAAUAUUACCUAUUAAUAAAGAAUCCAUAUAAAUAAUA